CCCCACCUCUCGUUUUAGGACUGCGGCUAUAAUUGGCUAGAUGAGGCUCCGGGAGAGAUGUUGAGCUGGCUGCUUCCACCCAUGGCUCUGCACACACACAGGGGCGGGUUGUGCCGGGGAGAACGGGAGGCUGGGCUCCGCGGUGGCGGAGGCGGUGGAGGAGGAGAAAGCGGCGGCGCUUCCCCAGCCUGCCUGCCUCCUUCGGUGACCGAGCCGCUCCUGCUGCUGGGUUGCUGCCUGCGGCCGGAAGACCCGGCCGAGCGCGGACUGCUGCUGACGCCGACGGGCGAGAUGAUGGCGGCGGGCGGCGGCGGGGGGCAGCGGCUCAAGGGGCUCUCCCUGCUGGAGGCGGCCCGCUGCCGCUACGAGAGCCUGCAGAUCUCCGACGACGUCUUCGGGGAAUCGGGCCAGGACAGCAGUGGAAACCCCUUUUACAGCACUACGGCCGAGUCCCGCUCUGCCUCUGAGGAGGAUGAGGAGGAACGCGAAGCCCGGGAGGGAGGACGCAGCCACCGGGGCAAGGCUGGGGCGCGCCGCGGCCCCAAGGCGGCGGCGGAGCAACAGCAGCGAGCGCCGGGCGGCUCGGAGGCGGCUUGCCCUGCUGCCGGAGAGCAACAGCAGCAGCAGGAAGAGGAGGAGGAGGACGAGAAGCGCGGCUGGAGCCAGCGCCUGAGAAACACCCCGACUCCUUCGUUCAAGGAUAGCAGCGGCCCAAAUCGCAAAAUGCCACCAACUGCCAGUGCCAUGGACUUCUUCCAACUUUUUGUCCCUGACAACAUACUAAAGAACAUGGUAGUACAAACAAAUAUGUAUGCCAAGAAGUACCAGGAGCGAUUUGGAAGUGAUGAUGCCUGGAUGGAUGUCACCCUGACAGAAAUCAAGGCUUUUCUUGCAUACAUGAUAUCCACCAGCACUCACCACUGCGAGUCUGUACUCAGCAUCUGGAGUAGUGGUUUCUAUAGCAACAAGAGCAUAGCACUCAUCAUGACUCAGCCAAGAUUUGAGAAGAUCCUCAAGUACUUCCAUAUUGUGGCCUUCCGUUCCAGUCAGACUACACAUGGCCUCUACAAAAUCCAGCCCUUUCUGGACUUUCUGCAACAUAGCUUUGACUCUGCUUUUAAGCCUUCCCAAACCCAGGUGCUCCAUGAACCUCUGAUUGAUGAAGAUCCCGUUUUCAUUGCCACCUGCACAGAGCGAGAGUUACGCAAGAGGAAAAAGCGGAAAUUCAGUCUCUGGGUACGGCAGUGCUCAUCAACUGGUUUUAUCUGCCAGAUCUAUGUCCAUCUGAAAGAAGGAAGUGGGACUGAAGGCUUGGAUGCUUUGAAGAACAAAACCCAGCUCCACAGCAUGGUGGCCAAGAGCCUUUGUCAGAACGCUGCAGGGAAGAACUACAUCAUUUUUACUGGCCCCAGCAUUACCAGCCUGAAUCUCUUUGAAGAGUUUGAGAAGCAAGAGAUUUAUUGUUGUGGGUUAUUAAGUGCAAGAAAAAGUGACUGCACAGGCCUGCCUCCAUCUAUGCUAAAUAACCCAGAUGCUCCUCAGUCUCGAGGACAAUACAGGAUAAAGAUGAAAGGAAACAUGUCCUUGAUCUGCUGGUAUAAUAAAGGAUAUUUUCGGUUUUUGACCAAUGCUUAUUCUCCAGUUCAACAAGGCGUUAUCAUUAAGAGGAAAAGUGGAGAGAUCCCUUGCCCAUUGGCAGUAGAAGCUUUCGCAGCUCACCUUAGUUAUAUCUGCAAAUAUGAUGACAAAUACAGCAAGUAUUUCAUCUCCCAUAAACCAAACAAGACCUGGCAGCAAGUGUUCUGGUUUGCCAUCAGCAUUGCCAUAAACAAUGCCUACAUCCUGUACAAAAUGUCAGACACCUAUCACAUGAAAAAGUACAGCCGAGUGCAGUUUGGUGAGAGACUUGUGAAAGAGCUGCUGGGAUUGGAGGAUACGUCACCUUGUCAUUGAUGGGUCAUUCCAUUGUUUAGGUCAGGAGCAAAGAAGCCAAGAUGAGGAGGACUACAACUCUGGAAUGCCAAAGUGAGGAACUUGCAAUCACACCAACCAUGCUGUUACCCUAUGUGACAAAGUGACCAAGGGAAGCCAUUAACAUGGUGGGGAGUUUUGAUGACAGCCCAUUGGUAUUCAUAGGGGCCUAAAGAGAGCUGCACAUGUGAAUGUUGCCAUGGGCACUUACGCAUCAGAAGCAAAUUUAAGUCAGCAGCUAUUUCUUAAUACUAUUUGUCAAACAGGGUGUUAUCACAUGAGCCCCUUUCCCUGUCCUCUCCCAAACUAAAGUGGCUCAACUGUUCAAACCGCGCAUUACGAUAAACCACAUUUAUUUUUUGUGUGAUUCAAACACAGUGUAAAGACAAUGCUCAGUGCCUGGGGAGGGGUCAUGAAGAGGUCACUAAGAGAGAUACUGAAAAAUGUAUAAAUCUAUUUUGCAAGCUUAGGCAAUGACAACAGAGGCUUAGUGGACAGAUAAAGAUUUUAUUUUCUUGCAAUGCUUUUGGAUUGUAGGAGUAAAUAUAAUUUAGGGAGAAAUAAAAACAAUUUUUAUAGCCAGAAAUUGGAGGGUUCACCACUCAAAAGUAAAGUAAUUUUGCCUUGAAGUCAACGUGAGGUUUGAGGCUAAUGUCAGUGAUGCCAUAACAUAAGUGUGAGAGAUUUGGUUUGAUUAUAACCACAGGAUUUUCCCCAGCAUCAAAGCGCACUAAUACAAAAUAUCAUCUAACCUCCUUCACUUCAGUGUCUUCUGAAUGUUGCAUAUACAAUCAGGGCUCAAUCCAGGGAUCACCCUACAAGUAUAGUAGGGGUGUUGUGUGCAAACCUACACAGCACAAGCAAAAAAAAUAAAUAGAGCCAGUGGGUUGUAUUCAACCCCUACUCGUGGACCCAUUGAAAUUAAUGACCCUAAGUUAGUCAUAACUAUUAAUGUCAAUGAAUCUACUUUGAGUAGGACUAGCAUUGAAUACCACCCGGAGGCUAGUUCUCUGCAUACACUGCAGAAUGCCAUAUGGUGACUCUACAAGAUAGACACAGUGCAGAGGACAGUGGGGCUUUCUCUUGCUUCCUCUGUCAGUGCAGAUGCAAAUAUAUAUCUACGCCCCAUGUCUGAGUUGUCCAUGCAUAUACUACUAAUGACACAUAAUGCAUUGUUGUGUGAGAGCAUGUUUGGAUUUGGACCAUAAUGUAAUGUGCAUUCCCCCUUUCCUUUCCACGCUCCCCCCCCCUGUCAAUACUGUUUUAGUGUACAUUUUUAGUUAAGAUUUGCACAAACUUGGCAGAAAAGAAUAGUCCACCAACAAAACAAUGGGGGGGGGGAGUUGCUUGUGUAUUAGCAUGCUCAGGGCUUUCUAUAGGACUUCUUCAAAGUGGAGACUUCCCAUAAUAGUUAUGCAUUUACAAAACUACACAUCAAUCCAAAUAACGUAUUAAGGUGUUUUUUUAAAAAACAACAACAACACCCCACUAAACCCAAGCUGACACCCAUCAACAUCACAAGGGCAACAUGAAAAAAUGUGUUGUAUGUGAGUAAGGAGACCAUUUUGAAUUUAUGGCAAUGUUGGCCAAAAGAUGCAAGAUUCCAUGAUAAAAUGUUUUCAUCAAGGCAGGGAUGGGGGACUUGGGCUGUCUGUGUUUUUGGACUGUCAGCAUGGCAAACAGGCAGGGAUGAUGGGAACUCUAGCACAAUGGCAUCUGGAGGGCCACAGUUUCCCCAUUCCUGCAUUAACCAUGGACAAAAUCACAAAUUGAAUGUACUAUUAUUUUUAUCUGCACCACAUCAUUAAACAACAGCUUGGGGCACCUAUGUUAUUCUCUCCCCCCAAGAUCACUGCAGCUAGCAGCUGAAUCUGUAAAACUACUAUCAGGGACCAUUGCCUCUUAUCACAUGAGGAAAUAAGAAAUAUUUCUGUCUCUUAAUUGUACAUUUGAACUGAUCUUUAAAACACAAAACAAAAAUGGAAACAGUCUCUUUUACAAAACAUGUUUGUUGACAAGUGGUUGACAUCCCACUAGAAAAAAAUGUAAUCCCUUAUAGUUUGAUCCUGACCCAUGAAUGGAUAUUGACAGGGCCAGGCAAAUGUCGAUGUCUCCUAAAACCAGAGCAUGUAGAGAAGUUUAAAGAAAGUUCACUGGAAUAGAAUUGAACGUUUGACAGGCCAUUUAUGAAACUGCCCAUUCAGGCACAUUUUAUUUGGAAACAUAUCAUUUAUAUUUACUCCCCAAAAAGAACUUGCCCAAAGACGUGUCAUUUUUAGAUAUGCUGAGAAAUAUUAAAAUAGAUCUAUAUCUAAGGAUUGACCUGGACUACAUGCACAUCACCACCACGUUUGAAUAGCAGAUGCAACACUGGUGGUGAACACUGCUGUCGAAAGUUGUUUUUCAUUCCUCCUUGUCCAGUUGCCAGCUCUCUUUCACAGUGGCAAACUCCAAGAGAGAAGCCUGUAAGUCUGUUGUUGUAAGAAAAGGUAGUAAUCUGGUGUCAUUGUAAAGACAAUCCAGUUUAUUGCAGUAUAAGGUUUAGUGAGCUGAAGCCAGCUUCCCCAGCUGUUCCCCCCCAAUGUUUUCUUCAUUAAGACCCCCAUUAUUUCAGGCCAGCCUGCUGCUUUGCUAUAGGAAACAGUUUACAGUAACAUGGACCUCUUAGAGCUUAUCUACACGGUGGUUUCAUGUGUGUUUGGUGCCACUCACAUCCCCUUUUAAUUUGCAUGGUUCACCCGACGUUACUGGCAAACGAAAGCGAUCACACAGUUUCCCCAUGUACAUCCAUACUCACCCAAUCUUCUGAUAAUCUGAAAAGGGAAGGAAAAAAUGUCUCCACUCCAUAUCUCUAGUGCUUGCAGAUGCUGUGCUCCGAUGCUUUUAGGCGGGUGUGUCAAUUGUUUCCCUCUCCACGCCCACUCCCUCCUCCUCCCUUCGUUCAUUUCAUUUCCUGUGGGCUGACAAACAACUGCGCUCUCCCAUUCUGCAAGCUUUUUUUAUGUUGCUGCAAACUGUGCCUUAUUUUUCUUUUCCCCUAACUUGUGCACAAAAGCAUAAUGCUGCUCAAAGAAAAAUUUGUAUUUCAGCUGUAUUGUUCCAGUGAAAAUACAAAUAAUCACACUUCCGGGUUGUUGUUGUUUUAGAUUGAAACUAACUGGUAGACCAAACUGAGCAUGCUCAAUUGCCAAUUAACCAGAGAGAGUGGAAAUGUUAAAUUAGAGGGCGUGGCCAUUAGGAAACGGAGUGAUUGUUCCUUCCCCUCAGUGUGACUAGAAAACACCGUGUUUGCAGAAGGUAUUGAGCCCUUACUGUGGAUGGUGCAAAUAGAAAAUAGAGGUAAAAACAGUGUCUUUAGUAUGAAGUAAUGCUCCCAUGUGGAUAAGCCCUAUGAUAUAAAAUAUUGGGUUGCAUCCAACUGGCACACACAGAGUUGGGCUCGUACAAUGGGACUUCCCCUUCCUAACAUCUCCCCAAGCACCUGGGGGGGGGGAGGCUGCAGGGGAGAGGAGGGGAAAGUUCCAUUGGAUAAGUGGAAGUCUGCACCAGUGAAACAGGAGCAAUUGAGACAAUCCUUUCUAAUUACUAGUCCAUUUCACAACUGAAUGCUUUAUUAGCCAUCAACAAGGCACCCUGAGAACUUCCAUUUCACAUUCAAAAUAGCACAAUGCUGCAGAAUGUCACAUGGUCACCAGCCAUAUCCUGGCAUGAAGAAUUUGUGCAUAACAAAAAAUACGCAAAUUGGCUGUGGCUCAUUUCGAAUGUGCUGGAAGUGAUGCCCACUUAUAGAGUGAGGCAUCACACAAAGAUAGAAAACAGGAAUGGGGACUCUAUGGCCAACCAGAUCUUGUUGAAGUACAACUACCAUCAGCCCCUGCCAACAUGGUCACCCUAUCUCAGAGCACAUUCUCAGUGCAAACAUCUUCCAUGCAAUGGUCUGCAGAACCAGAUCUCUGGGAAAGUAUUGUUGUGGCCUUUCUGACCAUUGUUGUUAUGUGCCUUCAAGUCGAUCACGACUUAUGGCGACCCUAUGAAUCAGCGACUUCCAAUAGCAUCUGUCAUGAACCACCCUGUUCAGAUCUUGUAAGUUCAGGUCUAUGGCUUCCUUUAUGGAAUCAACCCAACUCAUUUGGUCUUCCUCUUUUUCUACUCCCUUCCGUUUUCCCCAACAUUAUUGUCUUUUGUAGUGAAUCAUGUCUUCUCAUAAUGUGUCCAAAGUAUGAUAACCUCAGUUUCAUCAUUUUAGCUUCUAGUGAUAGUUUUGGUUUCUAACACCCAAUUAUUCUUCUUUUUCACAGUCCACUAUAUCCACAAAGCUCUCCCCAACACCACAUUUCAAAUGAGUUGAUUUUUCUCUUAUCAGCUUUUUUCACUGUCCAACUUUCACAUCCAUAUAUAAGGAUUGGGAAUACCAUGGUCUGAAUGAUCCUGACUUUAGUGUUCAGUGAUACAUCUUUGCAUUUGAGGACCUUUUCUAGUUCUCUCAUAGCUGCCCUCCCCAGUCCUAGCCUUCUUCUGAUUUCUUGACUAUUGAAAUCUGACCAUUACCUGAUUUUUUUCACACUCACUGAUGCGAAGGGUCACCUGGCUAAGGGUCAACUGACAGCCAGGAAAAGGUAUCUUAUUUUAUCCAAAACGCAUCCUGUAGAGACCAUGAUCAUAGAUCAAGGAUUGCCGAGCUGGCUUACAACUCUUUCCAAAGGGAAAAGUGAUCCUGGGCUAUGGAGCAUUCUUUCCCCUCUCCUUCAAAGAAAGAGAAUGCUGACAGGGUGUUGUUCUUGCUGUCUCUUAACACUUUAAGAUCAGAUAGCAUACACCUGCAGAUAAUUUUCCCUUCAGAAAAUAGCCUUGUAGGUAGGUUGUGCUUGCUGUUUUUUCAGCAUCCUCAGUGAAUUUCUCAGUGAAUGAGGCUCUGCAUCUCAGCGGUAUCUGAUGCUAGGGCAAUUACCGGUUCUCCCCAUUUUCCCACCCACUGGAGUCUUACAAGGUACUUAGAAGUACCAACCUGAAAGGUGAUCAACUGAAAUAAGGCAGGUUAGUAUCUACUAAUGUCUGUAUAGUUGUGAAUUCAUACUUUGGCAACACCUGCCUUUCCCAACUGAACAGCAUUUCAUACAGAUGUUGGACUGUAAGGUUGCCCUCUUUUUUUGUUGUUCCAUAGGAGUUUAGCAUAGGCAUACUUACCUGGGACAAGGUUUCACUGAGCUGUGGCACUUACUUCAGAGUAAACAUGCACAAGAUUUGGCUGUUAUCUACUUGCAGUUUUCUCUGGAUAUAACAGUUAACUAUGUUGAUCUACUACAUUAGUAAACGUCCCCAGUCAGCAAGCAUCUUUGCCAUUGUCAUAUCUGGGAGCUAUUCAACAAAGGGAGGCAGAAGUGGAGGUAACAACAAGCUUAUCUCAUAUUGAGUGCCAUGAAAAGUGAAGUUCACCAAAAAGAAGGAGGAGAGCAAAAAGGCAGUCUUAUUUAGGUGACUGGUUUUCAUCUGCUGAGCAAUCUGUUGCCCAAAUCCAGAAAGGGACAUGCAUGCAUGGAAGCAACCUACUGCAUAUAUAUAACUGAUACAGAUGGACAUAUUUCCAUCCGUUGUGAUGUGUAUUCAUAUCCCACUGAUAUGGCUAGAUGCAUCUUUAUCUCCAGAUGUGCAACCCCCCUUCCCCAGUCCAGAGCCACCAGUUGUUACACACAACAUGAUGUGCAGGAGAACUAGCAUUAGAUCAGGGCUUUGGUUGUUGCCGCUCUGCUAUGCAACAUGAAACGGUUGUCAAGGCAAUGUAAUAUAUAAGCCACACUCCAGGCACAAUAAAUUACCCUCCCAUGUAUUGUGCUGCAAUGCACCGUUAAGUUGUCUUUAUACAAUUGUUUAUUACAGAUGAUAUAACAUUUUUCUGCUCACUAAAGGUAAGUAGUAGUGCAAAAUGAGUUUUGCACAGCCGUCUGCUCAAUUUUUGAAAACGAUUAUGAAUGCUCACAGGGAUACUGACUCCCGUUCCUUUCUCUGUCCCCUAUUUACGUGUUUGAUAAUUAAAGGGGGUGAGUUAAAACAGAAAUCUGCCUUCCCUUUUCACUCUGCUUAGCCAUCCCUUCUAGUCACUAUUUUUUUAAAAAAACAAAUCCUUGUUCUACAUGCAGUUCUCUUGCGUCACUUAAUAAUUUAUUUGGGGAUAUUGUGGUUUUACUUUCUUGUAUGUUUAAUUUAUGACAUUAGACCUUUCCAGCAUUCUGCAAAAAGGCAGUGACUCAAAAAGCAGACGCUUUAGCACCUUUGAUUGAUGCUUCCAUAUUGCAGAAGGCUUUGUUCGCUUAACAAUUGCUUAGUAGAAUCUUGUCUGACCUGUCAGCUAAUGAGACCUUUCCUAGCUUAUUCUUGUGCUUCUUCAGCUACCGACUGCCAGCGCUGGUGCUGAUUUCAGCAAUGAUUCAGGAUUAGGCAGCACCAUUUCAGCAUUUUGUAUUCUGAUAAUACCUUCCAUCCAUAGAGAUCAAGAAAGUGUUUUUAAAAAUGCACUAAUGAACUUCUUGCUGCAAUACAUAUGAAAAGAAAAUAGACUUUCCUAUUAUAUAGAGCAAAAAAAGUUAAACAAGAACUGUAUAAGAAAAGUAUUGCUUGGGUUAGCCAAUCAUGAAUCCACACUUGAAUAUUGGGGCGGCUUUAUUGCAGCCUUUCCCAACCUUUGGGGAUGUUGUGGGACUAUUGUUUCCAUAAUUCGUGACCAUUGGUCAUGCUGGCUGGGACUGAUGGGAGUUGUAGUCCAGCAACAUCUGGGAACCCAAAGGUUGGGAAAGGAUGACAUUGUACGUGACAUUGCCCCAGUGCCCAAAAUGCAGCUUACUAGUAGUUGUUUCCAUCAGUCCUCUGAUGGGAUCUGGUGGCAUUGCUGACUGCUUGACAAUUCAUUUUGCAUUGGAAAUCACAUGCCAUGCCAAAGACCACAGCACCUCUUGUCAUAAUGGCAUACAUAUUUAUCAUUCAGAAGAUUGCACUACUUCUCUACUGCCUCUUACUACCAAUAUAUGAGAUGGAGGGGUUUUUGUGAGCAUUUCCUACUUGAAGCCUGGUAACAUGAAAGGCUGCCUGUUGUGCAGCUAGAUGCCCAUUACAUGUUGAAAUUCAUAUUAACUUCUCAUGAGCUUAUAAAAUUGUGCGAUUCCCAUAACAUUUCACAAAUACAGUGAGUCUGAAGUGGUUCUGCAACACUAUUUUCAAAAUGGUCCAUGCUCUAUAGGUUGCAGUUCUACAGAGUCCUUAAAUUAAGGCUCAUCAUAAAUGGCUGUGGUAGAGAUUCUCAGUGUUGCCCACUGCAAUAGGACAGAAUGCAUAUAUUCGUAAAAACAACAUACAAAAAUGUGUUAUAGAUGGGGAUGAUGCUUGCAAAAAUGUGUGUUAGGCAAGAUUGCAUACAAGAACAUAAGAACAUAAGAAGAGCCUGCUGGAUCAGGCCAGUGGCCCAUCUAGUCCAGCAUCCUGUUCUCACAGUGGCCAACCAGGUGCCUG